AUGGCUAGCAGCAUGGCCUUUGACGGCUCUCUGCCUCUCACUGCCCGAGAGGCUGCAUCUGGUUUGCUGGGCUCAGUGUCUAUGUGUUGCUGGAUUUUUCUACUGGUUCCUCAGCUCAUUGAGAACUAUCGCAAUGGCAAUGCGGAAGCCAUCUCGCUGCUCUUCGUUUUUGUCUGGUUUAUCGGCGACGUGACAAACCUGCUCGGUGGUGUCUUAGCUGGCCUAGUGCCCGUCAUUGUCGCGAUUGCAGUGUACUUCUGUAUUGCGGAUGGUGUUCUAAUUGCCCAAUGCCUGUACUACAAAGCGCGCAGCUCCCGUCGUGACACAUUUCACCAUCGCCGGCGCUCAUCAACCGAGACACCCGAUCCCACCACCCCGCUUCUUGGCCGGCGAUUCAGCGACAGUGUUCCACAAGGACGCCGGCGCUCAUCUGGCUCUCUGCGUGGCUACCAAGGUGCUGGCCGACGCGAGAGUCAAGUGGAAGACCCAUUGGCCAAGAUCGUGGAGGAAAAUGAGUAUGGUGGCAAGGCGUGGAUCAAGAAUUUUAUCAGUGUGCUUGGGAUCUUUGUUGUCGGCAUGGCCGGGUGGACUAUUGCCUGGAGGACUGGCGUGUGGGAACCAGCGCCGCAGGAGAACACCAAACCAGUGGAUAUGGCAACCGGAGGCCAGAUUCUGGGCUACGCGAGUGCGGUUUGCUACUUGGGGGCGAGAUUGCCUCAGAUCUACAAGAACUAUAGUGACAAGUCCUGCGAAGGCUUGUCGCUUCUCUUCUUCAUUCUCUCCCUCCUGGGCAAUCUCACAUAUGGUGCCGGUAUUUUGUGCCAUUCUACCGAGAAGGAAUAUGUCAUGACCAAUCUUCCUUGGCUGAUUGGAUCUCUUGGCACCAUGGUUGAAGAUGUUGUCAUUUUCAUCCAAUUUCGCAUCUACGCUAUUCAGGACGAUCCUCUUGUAAUAGCUCCUUGA